CAAACAACAAAUCAAGAUCUUUUGGUGAUCUUUUGAUUUCAAAAUGAAAUGAAAGUUCGCCUUCCGCCACAUGUCCGCCAUACUACAUUUUCAUUCUAAUUGUGACGUUCAUAUUAUUUUUCUGUUAGAUAGUGGUGUUGUGUAGUUAUUAGUUGUUAAUUUAAUUAAUUUUUAGUUUAACUAUUACAGGGCCCCGGGUAACCGAUCAAACGAUGGAGUCGCCGAGGAAAUUUAACGAUUGCUAUUUCUAUUACUAUUCCACAUGCACCAAGGGGGAUAACUGUAUUUUUCGCCAUGAGCCCUCAGCUCUGGGCUGUGAAACAAUGUGCACUGCAUGGCAGCAAGGCAAAUGCAUGGAUAAAUGCUGCAAACUACGCCAUAUGGAGCUUAGGAAAAAUCGCAAGCAAAUAGCUUGCUACUGGGAGAACCAGCCAGGCGGCUGCCGGAAGAAGCACUGCCCCUUCAUGCAUAAGAAUCCCGAUGCUCGCACUGAUGGCAUUGCGCCAAGCCAGCCAACGCCUGUAGUCAGUGCCAACCCUAUGAACAGCAUGCCCGAGGCAGUGGAGGCAGGAAUGCCGAUGAGCGCGGGAGUGCCGGUGUCCGCCGUGCCACCGCCUGCGCCCGCCCCCGUGCCGCUGCUUUGGCAGCAACAGAGACAACAAGGCCCGCCCCUGGUCCUCGACUCGGCAAUCCUCGGCGUGCUGCCGGGCGGCGGCGAGCUGCUGCCGCGCCGCGUGGUGGCGCACCACGAGCCCGCGCCCUACGCCUCGCUACCCGUCGACCCGCUCGUCGUCAACUUCGAGGAAGAGUCGGAUAACGAAAGCGCGCCCUCCUCCACGCCCACCAAAACCGCGUCUGCCGACGAGGCGCAGACCAUUGCGCGCAGCAAGUCCCAAGAGCUCCUUCUGUUGGAGAAGAUUCAAGCGGAAGCCGCGGCCUUCUACAGCUACGACUCCCUCCCGCCGGCCGAGCCGGUCGCUAACGAACGCAAAAUCGUCAGAACAAACCUAGCGACAAAAUACGAUAGGUUGUCCCUCGAUGAGAUCGCAGGUAAAAAACAAUCGGAGGCACGAAAUUCUUUAGAUUUCAAAGUGUUAUCCUUAGACGAAAUCAGGGCGAGGAAGAAAAUUUCCGAAGCUGUGAUACACACGACUCCUAUAACAUUAAACUUGAAUCGAAAAAGAAAGCUAUCGACGCACGAAUCGCUCACCACCUCGGGGAAUAAAAUCAUCAAAGUUGUUAGGAGCAACUCUAUCGUGUAUAAGAAGCUUGACCAAAAUGCGCCGGCGCAGCCUAGUCAAGCGAAAGUUGAAGCAAAGAGGCCUGAAGAUGCGAAUAGUAGAAAACGAACUCUGUCCGAACUGAGCGACAUUUACGACAUUCGAGAAGACGAGCUAGUAGACAAUUGCUAUGAAUUUAAAAGAAUUAAAAUUGUGGAACAAAUACCUAAACCUAGAUUGGUUAGGAAUAGGAGUGCGACUAAAUCUAUCAGUGAGAGUAAGGAUGAGGAUACAGAGUUUUGCAGUAAAAACGACGAUGACUCAGAUACAGAAGUUCAAUUUGUUGGUAUGGAAAUUCGUGAAGUGAGCACAGAUAUAUCUACUACAGAUAUAAUUAUAGAUGAUGAAGUAAUAGAUGUAGAUUCGGCUAAAAUGGGUGAUCCCGUUGACAUUGUUGAUCUUUGUGAGGAUAAGGACGAUAGUGUGAUCACAGCUUCGGAUCUCGAUUUGGAUUUAGCUAAGAACGUGCCAGAUGUAGUGGCAAGUUGUCAGAAGAAUUUGAACAGAAACGAAAGCGUAGGCACAAAUGUGCUGAACGAUAUCGACGCUUAUUUAGAUGAGGAGUUAUGAUCCAAAUUGUGUUUUAGUUUAAAAGUGGCUUCUUGUUCGUGAGUGUUCGAACACUCGUUAGUAUAACGGACUACGUAUUAAAUUUAAGCGCAGUGAAAGUACAAAUCUAAAAUAUUUCAUAGGAUAAUUUGUAGACCUUAUGUUUUGAAGAUACUGGAAAUUGGUUCAGGCCAGGGUGCCUAGUAGAUAACAUAAUGUGGUUAAUUCUGUACACAACUUUUGGACUGACUUGACUAGUCUAAGUCUAAUGCUAUCCUUUUCCAUAGGGAGCAUUACGAAGGCGAUAGCAAUAUAAUAUUUAAUCAUCGUGAUCAACCCAUUGGGUGGCUCACUACAGAGCACGGGUCUCCUCUCAGAGUGAGAAGGGGCGUGGCCGUAGUCUACCACACCGGCCAGGUGCGGAUUGGCAGACUUCACACACCUUUAGGAACAUUAUGGAGAACUCAGGUAUGCAGGUUCCCUCAUGAUGUUUUCCUUCACCGUUAAAACAAGUGAUAUUUAAUUAAAACCUGCCUAACUCUGAAAAGCUAGAGGUGCAUGCGUGACCGGGAUCGAACCCCCGACGUCCGAUUAGGAGGGAGGAGGACGUCCUAACCACUAGGCUAUCACAGCUUUGUAAUAUAAUAGUACAUAGUACUACUAGUAGGUACACCAGAACUAGCCUCAUUGUGCGUUAGCAUUGAAUUGGCAGAUAUAACUUUGUCAAGUUUUUUUUAUUAAACUUGAAAACUAUCGGGCCCUGUAUCUUUCUAUCUCGUUUUUUUAUGUCUGAGCUCAAAUACUUAUACGUAUCUAAUUUAAAGGCAUUUUCUUUAAUCAGAAGUAACUUAUCGCCUUUGUGUCUGUGUGUCAAUUUUUUAUCUUUAAACUUUCAUCACAAACGUGUCAUCUAUGUAUUUUAAAAUAGCUUUGUCACAGAUUUUUGUUUUGAUUUAUAGAGUAAAGCUUUGUUCUUUGUAAGCGAAAGACGUCAACCAAGUGGGUAUAAUACUCGACUGGUUGAGAUGGCAACCGGGGCGUCCCCCUGCCUCAUACCUCGAUUGCCAUCUCAAUCUGUCGCGCACUAAAGAUACCAAGUUAUGGAAAUUAAUUCACCUCCCUACUUAUAAUGUUUUGUUUUUUAUUGUUGACGACAUGAUUAUCGAAAAACUAUUAAGUUUUCAUUUAUUUUUGAUCUAAGACAAAUUUUCUGUUAAAUAAUCAAAGAGCUUUAAUUAUAUUAAUUUCGAUUUA